AUGAAGCAGUGGCCAGAACUGUUUUCUCAAACCGAAUGUAAGCUAGUCGAGACUACUGCUGGCCAGAAAGGAAAGUAUGCAACGCUGAGCUAUUGUUGGGGAAAUGGGUUGCCGUUCACGACUACCACAGAGACGCUUUCAAUGCGAAAGAGCAGCAUCGACUUUCAAGAUCUUCCUAAGACGCUUCAAGAUGCUGCUAUGGUGGUUCGAUCUCUCGACCUACGGUACGUAUGGAUUGACUGCUUGGCAAUUGUACAAGAUGACACAGCAGACUGGGAAAAAGAAUCGGCUGUUAUGGCCGACAUCUACUCCAGAUCAUACAUCAACAUCGCUGCAUCCAACGCUUCACAUUGCGGAGCAGGCUUCCUAGGAAUACGAAAAAUGCCAAUGACUGAACGUAUCGAGAUUCACGACAGCGAAGGGAAGCUAGAGGUAUAUCUCGUCGCCCAACAGACCCGUAACUACGCACUACCAAGCGAUCCCCUCGAAACACGAGCCUGGGUCCUCCAAGAACAACUCUUGCCAUCCCGCUCCCUUCAUUUCGGCAGCGCCAACAUGUUCUGGCGCUGUCCCGACGGCAUCUCGCACGAGGAGCGUAGAAAAGGCUGGACUCACCUCUACACCCUCGACGCCGUCGUACCCAGCAUACGCCUACCCAUCGGAGCUGCCCUUGGCAAAGAUGCGUGGUUCCAACUGGUUCUUGACUAUACCUCCCGCGGUAUUACAUACCCGAAAGACAAAUUCCCGGCCAUCUCAGGCGUCAUGACCGUCUUACAGCGCAUGACUGGCGACAUCCCCGCCGCAGGACUCUGGCGGCGGAACUUCCUCAAGUGGCUCCUAGCGGGGCGAGUAUUUGAGGGUCGGACUGGUGGUAAUCAAGAGAGUAAGACUUGA